AUGAGUAUAUUCAGCAGUAAUAGCUUUCAUUUGAAUGACUACCAGAGGCAAAAAACUACCAGCUCUUGUGAAAAGUUAUUGAAUAGGACACUUGCCCCUGAAAUCAUAUCCAUGGAUAACUUACAAACAUCGACUCGUAAGUUAUCAGUUUCUGCUCGGGUGGUGAUCUUGUGCCUUUUGUGGUAUGGUAUCUCUUCAUUGACUUCUCAACUAUCAAAAGCCAUUCUCACUGGUUUUCCAUACCCUUUGACAUUAUCUCAAUGUCAGUUCUUUUCGGCAGCAUUGUUGUGUUGCUUGACCACAAGAAUCGUAUAUGAGUUUCCUGCGAUUCACCGAAAAUUCCCCAAAGGAUCCAUUCCCACCCCAGAUAAUCUAAAAGACAAUAGGUUUAUGAUUCUUUCCCUCUAUUAUGCCAAAUUAAUGUUCCCCAUGGGAAUUUUCCAAUUCGUGGGUAAAUUCUUGAGUCAUGCUGCUACAUCAUUGAUUCCCGUGGCAACUGCUUCCAGCAUCAAAACCCUCAAUCCAUUAUUAAUAGUGUUAACUUAUAAAUUAUAUUACGGCAUUCGUUUUCCUUACACUACUUAUCUCACAUUGUUGCCAAUUGCCGCGGGGGUGAUGCUUAUUGUCACCAGUAACGCUUCUAGACAUACCACUGGGCUCUCACUGGACGAAACCAAAGGAUAUUUCUUUGCCCUUGCUUCUUGUUUUGUCUUUGUGGUGCAAAACAUUUAUGGGAAAAGAGUGGUUACUUUUCAAGGUCCCACCGAUCCAGCACUGCUUGCCUUGGCCUCAGUGGCAAAACCCCACGAUUUAUUGCCGUUAUCCAAUAAUAAUUCAUCAGUGACCCUCAAUAGACUCGAAGAAAAAUCGCGAUCCGAAUUGGAAAAAUUGAAAUCAUAUAGUAAUUUAUCGGUGCCAGAAGCCAAUAACCAUUCAUCAAAAUCUCAUAAAUCAAGUUCUAGACCGGAUAAACUUACUGUGCUUUUGUAUUGCUCGGUGUUUGGAGCAACCCUUUCAUUACCGGUUUUCCUCUUUUCGGAAUUUCCUAAAAUUCUUGGUGAAUUAUCACAAGCAAAAGUUUUCACUGAAAAUCUUAAUGAUGGAAUAGUAUUAUCUGAAACGUCGACUUUGGCAACCAAAAAUUUUGAAAUUCCUUGGGGGCUUCUUUGUCUCAAUGGUCUAGCGCAUUUCUGCCAAGCUUUGCUUGCUUUCCAUCUUCUUGGAUCUCUACCUACUGUGACAUAUUCUGUGGCAUCAUUGCUCAAACGGAUUGUGAUAAUUACCGUUGGAAUGUUGUGGGCUAAUCAUUUUGCGUGGAUAUCUGCCUCUCAAUUUUCUGGCUUAACAUUUAUUGGGAUAGGGCUUUAUGCUUAUGAUCGGUUUGGCGGCAAAGAAAUGUUGAAGACUGGAGGAAUUCAAAUUAACGUACGACAGGGAUAG